AUGAAGCUCUCCGCAGUCCUCGCACUGAUCCCCCUGGCAGUCGCCCUCCCCAACCUCCACAUUGAGCGAGACGACACCGAAGGGAACUUGGCCGGCCAUCAUCCCCCAGGUGUUGGUCAUCAUCCCCAAGGCUCAGGGAUCAAGCCAUACUACCUUGAAUGGCACUACUCCAACAACUUCGUGACUGUCGGCGACACGAAUCUCUUCCAAGCCAUCUCGCAAGUCGGCUCCACCCGCGGAGAUGGCACGGGGAUCCAGACCGACGACACGUACAAGGCAUACGGCGCAGACAAAGCUUGCGUCUACAAAGAGGAGUAUGAUCCCAAUCUUGAUGUUACGGUCAAGCUCAGUGGCGAGUGGGGCGUUGUGUCCGGCAUCGAUGGCUUUACCGUGCGCAAUCAGUUGGUCAAGUCCAUGAUGGACUUGGUGGAACAAAUCCAAGAGGCGGACGGCGACAUCUGGAAAGACUGCGCGCAAAGUUGCGGGCCUAUAGGGGGCUGCAGCGAUGAUCCGAGCGCUUUGUGCGGAGGCCAUCGUCCGGCUGUACAGCACUUUGGCAUGCAGCAGACAUGGGCAAAGUCGAUUUUGUCCGCCGAAUACUUGAGAGACCAGCUGUCCAAUAACAUGAGCAAACAUGCGCACCGCUCUUGCAACAUCCUGGAGAAGAUCGAUGACCGUGCUUGCGCGAGCAUGAGAGGCGGGCAAGACGUCAUAACUACUGGGGGCGCAUUCGAGUCGCUGAAACAGCGAGGGCAGAUUAUGGCAACUUUCACACAUACCAACUCGCAGUCGAUUGCAGAGGGACACUUCGAGUCUUUCCAACGACAUCAACAAGUCGCUUCGAAUUUGGCAGUUGCAGGCCGCACAAUGGUUUGGGGAAAGCUGACGGCACCUGUCUUUGCAUCUUGA